AUGCUCGAAAACAUGUUCAACACGCUGUUUGCUAUGGCUAUUUUUGUUUUAUCCAUCGUUUUCAGCAUAUUGCCGAUUUCUAUACUUGAUACUGAAGACUAUUUUGAAAGAAUCAGACUAAGUGUGAUGGUUUUUAGUAUGUUGGCGGUUAUAUAUUUAUUAAGUUGGCUGGGGCAAAGAAUUAUAGAUGAAAGCGACAAUUUGUUCUUAGCAACUUAUACAGGCCAAUGGUAUCAAUUGUCAGAAAAAUCAAAAGUGUUGCUAAAAAUCAUGAGGUACAGAUCUGUGCGGCCUUGUGUUCUCACUGCAGGAAUAUUUUUUGCUUUGAACCACGAGAACUUCGUUAAAAUCGUGAAAACGGGUUUUUCUUAUAUGGCUUGCCUACGUUCCGUAAGACAGUAG